AACCAGGCAGGUAGUACACAAAUCAAGCAGUUCUAAAUGAUACAAGCUGACAGGUUUAUCUCACUUUUUUCUUUUCUCUCUGUUUUUGUUUGUAUAAAAAAGCUCCUAUUUUACUUGUUUGUUUAAUCAACGAUUGACUAUGACACAACAAAUCUCUGAAAAAGUUGUGACAGAAUCAGAUCACAAAGAAGACGCUUGGGUCAAAGAUUACAGAGAGAAAAACCUAGACCAAGAAAGCAAAUCCAGUGAUGAGAAUAUAUUCUCUUAUAAGAAUGAAGAAGAUCUCGAUAUGGCCAUCAUUAACGAUGUGGCUAUUACGGAUGAUGAUCCCACAUUAAGGGCCGCAACCUUUCGUUCCGUAAUUGUUGGUUGUAUUCUUGCCGCAUUGAGUGCGUCUGUCCAUCAAGUCAUGUCAUUCAAGCCUGUGGGUAUUCCUCUGACAAACACAUUCAUGUUAAUUAUUGCAUAUCUUGUAUGCACAACAUGGGCUCGUGUACUUCCUCAGGGGGGUUGGUUAAAUCCUGGACCAUUCAAUGUCAAAGAACACACUUGUAUCUAUGUAGCAGUUUCUGCUGCCAAUGCAAGUGCUUAUGCAACUUAUAUCUUAUCUGCUCAGCAACUUUAUUACACUGAUACCCCUGGUGCAGCCGGUCAGAUCUUCCUUUUGCUUGGCUCACAAAUGGUUGGUUACGGGAUUGCUGGCAAUCUUCGCAAAUUCUUGGUAUAUGCGCCCAACAUGACCUGGCCUACAACUUUACCCGUUGUUUCUUUACUCAAGACAUUCAAUGCUGAUAAGCAAGAAUCCAAAUGGCGUACAAAGUUCUUUUUCAUUAUUUUCAGUGCUGUUUUUGUAUAUGAAUUCAUUCCUCAAUAUAUGUUUCCCAUGUUGGGUGGUAUUUCUAUCGUCUGUCUUGCUAGAAAUGACAGCGCCUGGGUUCAACGUCUUUUUGGUGGUCUUGGAACAAACGAAGGAUUGGGUAUCUUCCAAUUCAGUUUUGACUGGAACUUGUUAUCAAACUACACACCUUUAGUCAUUCCUCUCUGGAUUCAAUUGAACGUCUAUUUUGGUGUCUUGUUGCUUUGGAUCAUUGCUCCUAUUUGUUAUUAUUACAACGUAUGGGACGCACAAAAGUUUCCCUUUUUAUCGCUUUCACUUUACCAACUCCAUGAAAAUGGUACAGUCAAUACAUACCCUCAAAAAGAUGUAUUGAACGCCGAUAAUUCUUUGAACGAAACACUAUUGGAACAAGUAGGCAGACCUCAUUUCACUAUGGUUAACGCUUUGAACUAUGUUGUCAUCAAUUUUGGUAUUACUGCCACUAUUACUCAUGUUGCUCUCUUCUAUGGUAAAGAAAUCGUCGCUGCUUUCCGCAACACAAAGAACUCUUUCAAGGCUCAAACUGAAUCUGAAGAUAUUCAUAUGAAGUUAAUGAGAGCUUAUUCUGAGGUCCCUGACUGGUGGUAUGGUCUCAUUUAUAUUGCCGGUAUUGGUCUCAACAUUGGUAUUGCUUAUGCCAAUAAAAGUCAAUUGCCUUGGUGGGGGGUUAUUUUUGCUAUUGUAUUAGCUAGUAUUUUGUCUUUACCGCUCAAUAUGAUUGCUGCUGUUACAGGCUAUGGCUUUGGUUUGAACGUAGUUACUGAAAUGGUUUGUGGUUUUGUGUUGCCUGGAUAUCCCAUUGCCAACAUGUACUUCAAGACCUUGGGUUAUACCACCAAGAACCAAGCUGGUAUUUUGGCCCAAGAUUUGAAGAUCGGUCACUACCUCAAAGUUCCUCCACGAAUGACAUUUUUAUACCAAGUUCUCGGUACAGUGAUUGGUUGUAUCUUCAACUAUAUCGUGAACAACAGUAUCACUACAUCAAAACGUGAUGUUCUUUUGCAAACAGGUAGUCAAUUCUGGAGUGGUAGUUCACCUCAACAAAUCAAUUCUGCAGCCAUCACCUGGGGUGCUAUUGGUCCUAUGGCUAUGUUUGGUCCAGGUACUGAAUACUACAUCUUUUUAUGGGCCUUCAUCAUUGGUUUUGUCUUACCUGUUCCUGGUUAUUUACUGCACAAGAAAUGGCCUAAUGCUGGUUUCAAUUAUAUCAAUGUACCCAUGAUCUUACAUGGUUUCUCUCUCAUGCCCGGUAGUAAUACUUCUUGGAUCAUGGUUUCUUUUAUCAUUGUCUUGGUUUCUCAAGGCUACAUUAAGCGUCGUUAUAGUGCCUGGUUUGCCAAGCAUAAUUACUUAAUAUCUGCUGCCUUAGAUUCAGGUACUUCACUCAUGGUCUUCUUCAUCUCUAUGGCCUUGUACGGUGGUGCCAAUGGUAUUUCCUACGACUUCCCUACUUGGUGGGGGAACAGAAACGACAUCAAGUAUAUGGAUCAAUGUUGUAUGCACUGUUCAUAAUUUUUGUAUUAUAUUGUACACUUUAUCUCAAUACCACAUUUAACAUGUAAUAAUAAUCAUAAUCACAGC